UAUAAGUGCACGCCUUUCUAGGCUAAAGGAAGAAACCAGUUAGUUUUGGCCACAAAAUUAUUUGGUUUUUGCCUAUGAUUUAUAUUCUCAUCAAGUUAGAGAGUACCAUAGAUCGAUCAUAAAUCAAAGAGAGUAAUUAGGACAACUACUAAUGGCAGCCAUUAAUGUUCCGGAGUCGAAGCUCAGCUCAACUCAGAAGCUGAUACCAAUGGUGGGCUUCGGUACCGCUGAGUACCCUUUCGGCACCUCCACCGCCGACUGUAUGAGGGAAGCCAUCGUUGAGGCUAUGAGGGUUGGUUACCGACACUUCGACUCAGCUGCUCUUUACCAGUCGGAACAGUCUCUUGGAGAGGCCAUAGAGGAAGCCCUAAGCCUUGGCAUUAUCAAAUCCAGGGACGACCUCUUCAUCACCACCAAGCUUUGGUGUACCGAUGCUCAUCCUCAAUGUGUUCUUCCUGCCUUGAACAAAUCACUCAAAACUUUGGGACUGGAAUAUGUUGAUCUGUAUUUAAUACAUUGGCCAGUGAGUGUGAAGAUGGGUGUGCAUGAGUUCCCAGUGAAGAAAAAUGAGAUUGUUCCCAUGGAUAUAAAAUUGGUAUGGGAAGAUAUGGAGGAGUGUCAUAAUCUUGGCCUUGCCAAAGCCAUAGGGGUCAGCAAUUUCUCUUGCAAGAAGCUUGAACUACUGCUUUCUACUGCUAAAAUUCCACCGGCUGUUAAUCAAGUGGAGAUGAACCCAAUUUGGCAGCAAAAGAAGCUGAGAGAAUUUUGCGAAGAAAAGGGUAUACUUAUCAUGGCUUAUUCUACUUUGGGAGCCAAAGGAACACCUUGGGGUCAAACCUGGGUCAUGGAUUGUGAGGUGCUCCAUCAGAUCGCCAAUGAGAAAGGCAAAACUAUUGCUCAGGUGUGUUUGAGAUGGGCGUACGAGAAAGGAGUUAGUGUGCUAGUAAAGAGCUUUAACAAGGAAAGAAUGAAAGCCAACUUAGACAUAUUUGAUUGGAAGCUAACCAAUGAAGAGGUCCAAAAGAUUAGCCAAAUUCCACAACGCAGAGGAUUUCCGGCGCUCGAAUUCAUCUUCGAAGAUGGCCCUUUUAAAACUGUUGAGGAUCUUUGGGAUGGCGAGAUUUAAUCAUUCAUAUAUUAAUCCUAUAUAUGUGUUAAUUUGGAAUUCAUAUUUUAGGAAGGAAAAUAAAUAGAUUCUAAGAGAUUUCAUUUUUUUUGGAUUCAAACAAUGAAUUGGACAGAGAUUUUGUUUUGAAGAUAAGAAUUCAGUUUAUUGUUUCUAUGGAAAAACCUAACAUUGUCAAGUUUUUGGAUCUUAGAUGCGUAUUUAUACAACUAAUAGUUUCCUUGUG